AUGGAGGGAACACGUCUUUCGCCUAACCUGUCUUCAAUCAAUCUCUCUCUCCUAAACAACACAGACACCACUCGAGCCUAUGUGUUCGUUCCUGCAAGUAGCACUACAAAGCUUAUCAUUUUCCUGCUACUGGUUGUCGUCGGAACAGUUGGAUUUAUCGGAAACAGCCUUAUUUACUGCUUCAUAUCUACUAAGAGCAGAAGAUUUUCUUACUUACAGUCGUCAAUGUUCGUCAGAAAUUUUAAUUUCUACGUAAAGAGCCUAGCUCUGUCUGAUAUACUCUCCUGCUCGAUCUCUCUUCCCCUGAUUUAUAUUCAACUUAUGUUUGAUGUGUUCCAACAAGGUUGGCCUUGCAGGAUUGUUCGUUACCUAAACUUGCUGUUCCCUUCAGUUACAAUUAACAACUUGAUAGUCAUAAGCACGGAGAGGUAUUUUUCAACUCGACCCAUUCCUCGCUCUUUCAGCGUCUCGUGCGUUCGUAGACUGAUUUUUAGCGCAUGGGUUGUAGGUUUCACUGCGGUGAUUGCUCCAACUUUCACCUUCAAUGGCGUAAGAUUCGAUCUGGAAAACAACCGUUACACAGUCGUUUGUAAAAUAGACAACACUUACUUGCCUUUCAGAGUGAUAUUUGUGAGCUAUGCAGUACUUCAACACGUUCUACCGAGCAUAAUUUUAAUCUGUAUUAAUAUUUCACUGAUAAAAACCGUUUGGAGCAGGAAAAGAAGCCGGCUUAUGAACAUUCAGAUGAACAACGCUAUUCGGGCGAAGCUCAGAGCUGCUAAACGGCGAGGGACAUAUCUACUGAUUCUGAUAACAUUUGCCUUCAUAAUUCCAUAUUCUUGGACAUUAUAUUACGCUGUUUAUGUCAUGGUGGUUAAUCCUACACUUGAUUUUCAAUUCGAUUACCGAAUAAGAUGUCUAAGCAUCGUACUGUUCUUUACAAACAGCUCCCUAAACUUUAUGAUAUACCUUGUACAAAUGAAUGAUUUCAGACACUAUGUAAGGAAAGUGUUUUGUAACAAAGUCAGUUAG